AUGGAGGAACCUAAGCCCCCCACUCCCACCUUUCCUCCUGCUGGCGUGGACGAGAGGAAAAGUACAAGAAAUCCCUUCAGGGAACAAAUCCACAGUCGGUCCAACUCGCUGGCUCGACUUGCAAGGCGAGAUCCAAGGUUGUCCGACGACGACAGUCACAACCCUCCUCAUUCACCCUCCCAGCGCACGGCUUCGCCUUGUAGUGAUGGCAGGGAUGCCUAUGAAGAUAUGGGGGACCGAUAUCCUUCUAUCCAAGUUCAGCCAGCGUCAGGUGCACACAUUCUCCCUUCGACUUCUAAAGUCCGCAUAGAUGACGGCACCUUCAUUGCAUCUGGGCUUGAUCAUAACAGCAUAACUCUGAAUCUCAACGUCCACCAAGCCUCCAGAAAUCCCCUUUCCGAUAUUCAUCAAGUUCCCGCCCAUGCUUCCACAGCUCCUUUUACUGCAGGCAGCGCUCCCCUGACCCAUCCACCCACAGCAAGUCCCCGUGUUCGACCUCAGGCGGGGAUUCACGAAGCCAGAGAUGCCCCCUAUUCCACCAACUCUACGCCUCAACCGCCCAUACCUUCAACACUCCCCCCAACUGGGAUGUCUUCUGCAUCCUUUUCACCUGAACCAAUCUGCCUUCCAGCGCAGGGCAAAGACAUCUACGAACGCCACCUUCUACUCCUGCGACACGGAUGGCCGUUGUGGAUUCCCCACCCGAGCAUCAGGCUACCGAUAUCCUACGUCGAGAAAGGCGUCAGUGUUGGAGAUGUCGGAAUCAUCACUCAAUACGGGGCCUUUGAUUAUCUCUUCAACAUCCUUCUCCCCGCUGACCAUCCGGACAAUGCUGGUCCAUUACCUGCGGGAUUCGUCCCUCUAAAUAUCCAAUCGAAGGAUAUCCACGAAUAUCCAGAGCAUAUGCCUGGAAGCUACUUUGCGAGUAGCUCGACAAUGCUGACAGCGGGCUAUAGCGGCCUUACGUUCACGAGUAUGGGCUCAGAAGGUGCAAUACUUACCCUCCCCGACGGCGCACACCACCAGGAUAUCCACAACCUUAAGAGAUUCAGAGACUAUGCCGCAGCCCAUGUCGUCUCCUGGUACAAAUUCGUCAACGGAACCUGCGGACGCGAGAUCGAAAACGGGAGGCUGCACCUCGUGACGGGAUGCGAUAAAACCUCAUCGUGGGGUAUGGCCGCUUUUUUGGGGAGCCAGGUGUCUUCUGAGCCUCUGUCGCUGACGUUCACUACCCAAGUGGGCGCCACUGGACCGACGUACGGGUGGGAACACACGGGACAUGCAGAGGUGAAAGCCUGUCCAGCGGUCUCUACACCUGGUCAGAAUACCCUGAGAAACCAGUGCACAUUCAUUCGGUCAAUCACACUCUCACUGAGUGACGAUGAAUGGGAGGAUGCAAUGGCCGCUAUUGAUGUUCCAAGCGACAGCGCGCCAGAUACGUCAACUGCGAGUGAAUCCGAUACUGGAGGUUCACAUUCAAGUUCCGGAAGUAGAAAUCCCUUGCGGCAGCUACUCUCCAAAUUCGGAUUCUCCAACUCGGGGAAGUCUUCAUCCACCAGGACACAAGGCGCCCUUACCAUGAAGCCCUUUUCUGACCUUCCAUUGCAGUGUCCAGAAGCUCGAGUAGCGAUGACGCACGACAGUGACUGGGCUUUCCUUUCCGAUCAGGCUUUGGAAAGUUUCGACAUUACUCAGAUUCUCGGCGAGAUUAUGACGUUCGAUGCUACCCUUGACUCUGGUGCAAUCUAUCUCUGCGCAUCAAAGCAGCAGGGCGAGAGUAGCCACACUCAGGGGUCUUGCGAAAUGGCUACAGUACCAAAUAGCACAGACACUCCCGAUGAGAUAGAGAAACUAUUCCAAAUGCUGGGGCUGGGCAGGGACGAGGGUUGGCAGACAAGUCCAUUAUCUCUGCCCCUGCCAAUUCCUGCUCCUCUAUCACCACACUCACAUCUUCGCCGUGACCAAGAACUGUCCCCAAAGGUAGACUCCGUCAUAUAUGCAAGCCCUCCAAACUUUGGGACGGAUCUUGACGUCCUACAAACUCCGCCCUUCUUCGACUCGCCGCAACUCUCGACUUCGAGUUCACCAUCCACGAUUGCGUCUCCACUCUUUGUUUCUCAGGAGUCAUUCUCUAACCUUCACUGGGAAGAAUCUCACUACAUGGGCUUCCCCCGUCAGAAAGGCACUGUAGGCGACUCACCUAAACCGGUGCGGCGGUGGGAUGCAGGUAUAUUCUAUGACAGCCCGUCGUCUUCCCCUCCCCUGCCACGGUCUUUCGAUAGCCAUUCAGGCCUACGGCCAACCUCAGGAUCAUCGCGCUUCCCCUCUCGUGCCGGGUCCCUCUCUUCAGAGAGAAACUACCCCUGGUCAAUCUCAAGUGGCCGGUCAUCCCCAUCCCUCUUCUUCACUCCUUCAGAGUCUGGGAGUAGUGCGAUGUCUCAGCUACUGGAACUCAGUCCUCCCAGUAGCUUUGGCUCUCCAGACAUGCAUCUACGUGACCGAUAUGUCUCCAGGUCUACAUCUCUCGACAAGGUCGAAGAACGUCCGCGUCGACACAGUUUUGACGGAUUGUCUGAGGCGGGAUUUUCCCCGACUUCCGGUUCUCAGCUUCCAAAAGCCAUAAACGCUACAUUUGAAGGCACCUCGAGGACGAGGCAAGACACACGCCUCACCACGGUUACAGGAUUGCAAGGGGUGGGGGUCAAGCGCCGACAUAGCUUCUCCACUCUUCAACGUUCUCCUUCUGCAACUAUAGACAUAUCGGCCUCGCAUGGACUAAGUCACCGCCGCGUCAUGUCUCAAUCCGGAAUGAAGGCAAACCCAGGAAGACGAAGCAAGGAGGCUCGAUUCUCUUGUACACUCUGUGGACUGACUUUCACCACGAACCAUAAUCUAAAGAUUCAUAUGAAUGUGCACCUUGGCGUCAAAGCUCACUCUUGCGUCCAUUGUGGCCGGGCAUUCACCACUCAGAGCGUGUUGGCUAGGCACAUGAAAACCUGCAAGAGCAACCCAGAGAAGCCUCAGAGAAGCCAGCUAUCCCAGACACUCAAGACUGACGAGUAG